CAAAUAUGCCUAAUUUCAGCGCCUCCGUUCAAAUACGACAUUGCCUAAUGCAUCAUGUGGGUGAUCAAAUAAAUAAUCGCUCACACGUUUCAACAUGCUGAUCAGUAGUCGAUCGUUACCGCAGUUACCUCCUACCUAUGGCCAACAAUGUAAUCAUCGUUCCGAGUCACAAGAGAGCAGGCAAAAUUAGUAUACUUCCUAAUCCUUCCAGGUACACGCUCGAACAAUAUAACUUCGUGCUGCCUGCUUGCUUAUUGCGAAUCUAGGGCUUCUGUCUGUAAAAUUUACCCUUUCAUAUCACACCGGAAUAAUCCAAUUUCUUCUUAUCUGCUGUUCACUGAGCAAACAUCUCUCCUCGCCUUCAUUAUCACCAGCACCCGAAGCGAUCUGUCAGUAUCUUAGACCUGGAGGGAUGGACCGUGUCGAGGUAAUGCAUUCACUGCCAUCCAGCUAGCAAACCACACUUUCUGCAGAUAAGCUACCUAGACACAGGACUGAGUUUAUCAGAUUCCCAUCUUGUUCCAUUCUUCUGCACCGGUUGGGGCUGUACACCAGAAGGCAGAUGCAUCUCCGAGUGAUCAGUUGCAGAUUGGCAACUCGUGCGAGUUGACACGGCAGAGGUGAGGCCGUUCGCGGUUCAAACUCUCUGUUUUCGUCUAAGCUGCGUCACGAUGAAGAACGAUAAGAUUUUUCACGAGAAGAGCCUCCUGGUGCAGUCGUUGAAGAUUGCCAGCAAUUUGGACCGGAAGAAAUCGCUUUCGACAUCGAUCAUUCCUACACAGAACCAGAACUAUCUGUGCGUGCCGCUAUUGCACAAUGGCUUGCAUCCGCAGAAAAUUCCCGACGAACCAAAAUCUUUCGACUGCGAGGCCAUUGUCGUUCAUUCCCAUAUCGAGAGGAAGUCUACGUAUCAAUCGAUCACGCGGAGCAUAUCACAGUCCACGUUGACGAUUCCGGAGAACUACAGCUUUACGUCGGUGCAGAUUCAGUUGUACAAACGAAGAUGGGCGAUGUUGGCCUUAGGAAUGAUGAGUAUUGCGAUCUCUUAUGUGCAGUGGAUACAGUACAGUAUUGUGGCAAAUGUUGUGAUGAAAUAUUACGAUGUAACUUCGGUGUGGGUCGACUGGACGUCAAUGAUUUUCAUGGUGGUCUACAUAAUAUGUGUCUUCCCGGUUACGUACAUCAUGGAUGUUCGGAAUAUGCGGCAAACGGCAGUCAUAGGAUCAGUCGGGACCGCGAUUGGAGCAUGGAUCAAAGUGUUCUCUGUCCAAAGAAACCAGUUCCAGAUGGUACUGCUGGGACAAACGGUUUCAGCAUUUUCCCAGGUGUUUUUAUUGAGCAUCCCGUCGAGAUUGGCGUCGACCUGGUUCUCGCCUGACGAAGCGUCAUCAGUGUGUGCAUUUGGAGUGUUUGCUGCGCAAUUGGGCAUAGCUAUAGGAUUUUUCUUUACUCCGAUCGUCAUCAGCAACAGCGAUGACGUUGACGAGAUAGGGGUGAACCUGAAGAUCUUUCUGAUGGCAGUGGCAGGAAUAUCCACAAUGAUAGCGUGUAUGGUGAUUGCGGUGUUCAAAUCAGCUCCUCAGUUCGCGCCAAGCCACGUGCAAGCACUUCAGCGAACUAUGAAGCCGAAGAUGGAGGAUUAUUGGCCAGCAGUCAGCAGGUUGAUGCAAAACGACAACUAUUUGAUCUUGGUGAUCGCCUACGGAAUCAACUGUGGAAUAUUCAAUGCGUUUUCGACAUUGCUAAACCAGAUCGUCAUGAACUAUUUCCCAGAUGGUGAAAACGAUGCCGGCCGAAUCGGUCUGGCGUUGAUUCUGUUGGGUUUACUAGGUUCGAUGGUUUUCGGCUAUCUCCUGGAUAGCAUGCACAAAUACAAAGCAACUGCCGUCUGGGCUUGUCGUUUAUCUGCGCUAACGUUGAUCAUCUUCGCACUUGCACUGGAAACGCGAUCCAAAAAACUCGUCUCAGUAGCGUCAGUAUUUCUUGGCUUCUUCAUGACAGGAUUCCAACCGAUCGGAUAUGAGUUCGCAUCCGAGCUGACCUUCCCAGAACCGGACGGACCAGUUUCGGGCAUCAUGAACAUCUCGACGCAAGUUUUCGGCAUCGUCGUAACACUACUUAUAUCCGGUAUUCAGCAAAUUCUAGGCGACUUCGUAGGGAAUAUGGUGUUUGCUGCAUUUUUGAUCAUCGAUGCGAAUGUCAUUACGCUCAUUCAUUCGGAGCUGCGUCGGUACAAUACGCAUCGACAGAUCGAGAGCGAGGCUGCUCGAGAACACGCCGAGGAAGCCAUCCUGCAUUUUGAGUCUGCCAGUGAGAAUGAGGACGCGCCUCUCACACUUAGGAUAGAUAACUGUAGUAGUGGUGCUGGUAGCAGGUGAUCGACGGCAGAUCAAGUGAUACUUAGUUUAUAUGAGAGAAGUUGACGCAUCUGAAAGAGUGAAAGCGAGAUAAGGCCUUUUUCAUUUUUAUCAGAUGAGAAAUUUAGGAUCUAGUAGAGUGUAGAAUGGAUGAAUCAUAUCGGUAGCAACGGUAUCUUGAACAAGGCAAGGACAUUUUGUUACUAAGAAUAAAAGGAUGUAUGACUGAGCUUAGUGCUGAUAAGACUUACAAGUCUGCAAUGCACUGCGUACUGCAUUGACCGUCAAUGAAUGUAGGUCGUGCGUCUGCGUAUGAUAUUUAUUAAUAUUCGAAGGUGAUUAAUAAAGCGUAAUUGUAAUCAUA